UCUACCUUGAUUUUUGCAAUAAUGCAUCAUUCACCCUCGUCCUCCGCGAUUCGAUGAAACCUAACCAAACCGUGUCGCGACUAUCGGAAAUGAAAACACAAUAUUCAUCUCAAAAUUUAUCACUCAAAUCAAAAAUAAUGUGACCUUUAUGAGAUGCAACAAGAAUUUCGGAUAAUUAUCAUCAUCUCACCAUUUUUCCCAUCGUCUGAUUUCAUGGAUAACAUAGACGCACCUUUCGCAUUAUGAAUCAAGGAGUUCCCCAAUGUCAUGGAACGCAGAGAAGAUCUUGCGCUCCUGGAGCUAAUUGGAACGUCCAGUGGGUAAUUAUAUAAAUUAAGCAGGUGGUGAGAAGCAAAAAGACUACUCGUUGCUUGUGGCACGCCUGUAAAGCUCUCGGCAUAGGUCUUCUUCUAAUGCUUUUAGGAGCUUGCAUGGCUACAAUAGGAUAUUUUGCCGAUCAGCUCUCUGAAGCUCAAGAAAUCAGAGGCAAUCGCACCAUAAAGGUGAAAAACGAAUCACGUGGAUUUCAUCUGAAUAAUUUAAGUUACGCUGGUCCGAUUGUAAUGGGAGUCGGAGGAUUCAUCGUCGUCGCCGCUUGUGUAAUGACAUUUGAAGCGCGAGACAGUGCAGCAAAAGUUGGACCAGCUCGAUCGCGAUUAAAUCAAACAGCUUCGAUAAAACACACGAAAAGUCAAAGAAAUCGCAAAUCAGUUCCCUGCCAAGCAUCAAAAUGGGACCAACAACCGGGUCUAUUUCGAACUCCCAGUCCCAAUUCGCAAGACGUUACGAAAAAACAAUUCACAUCGGGUGUCAUUGACUUUUCUAAAGAAUCCAACGAAAAUGACAAUUCACAUCCAACAAUAAAGAAAAGUCCAAGUGCACCGACCCUUGUAGAAAAGAAACCACCUCGACAAAGAGCGCCAAAAUUUUCUGGUUGCGCUCUUCUUAAUCCAGAAUUAUUACAAAGAUACGCUGCCUCAGUGGAUAAUCCUACCUAUAAUUCUCAGACAAUCAAAGAGAAUUUAGAGCAACAGCAAAAGAAUGGUAGUCAAGUGUCAAUGGCAAUGGAUUUGCAUUUUCCGAAUAAAGGUCCAGUUACACUAAAGGUGAAGGACCGUAGGCGGCAAUUGGAACGUCAGACAAAGAUCGAAGACCUCGAAGAGGUCAACGAAGCUAGAAAAACGGAAGGAAUUCAUUCACCACAAUUACCUAGUGUUUACAGUAGAUUUCCUGAAGAUUUUGUGCCUAGAAAACGAAACUCGAUAGACUUGAGAACAUUGGAAGAAUUAAAUUUAAAGGAUUCCCUAAAGACUUCACCACGUGAUUUUCGUAAAGUUUCGUCGCCAAAUUUUCGUAAAAUGUCUUUCGAUAGAUUAGGAAGUGAUCGUCGAUCCGAAAGAUCUUUGGGCUCCCGAAAGGCUAGUUUAGAUUUUAAAAGAAGUCCAGAUUUUCGAAAACAUGAUUAUAGAAAGUACUCGAUCGAGAGAUUCACAGCAGAUUGCGCGAAAUAUCUGCAGGAGGAAGCAGGAAAUGCAUCAAUAACAGCGAGUGGAGAAAAUUUACGAAAACAAAAAAUGAUGAAACUACAUCAUUCAAGAUCGGACGAUAGAAGAAGAUCCUUCGACAAAUUUCGCGGCGAAUCACAAUGCAGUAGAUAUUCCCUAAAUGCACCGGAAAACGAAUUAAAAUACUUUGCAUCAUCCCUAGACACUGAAGCAUCAGACGACAGUCGAGUUAUUGAUUUCGAUGAUCAGGAAUUAACAAAUUUAUCACCCGAUGCGAUACCAAGUGCACUUGUGGAGGAACCUGAACUUGAAAAUCUCACCGAAACAACAGAGGAAAGUCAAAGAUUUUCAAUAAAAAUACGAAACACUAACAAUACUCCCAAAGUAAAAAAUGAAAAUAUCCGAAAUCUCGAAGAAGCGGCUAAUGAAAUUGAAAUUUACGCCGAUGAUAAUGAAAGUGAAACAAGUGUUCGUGAUGACGAUUCAUAUAAAGGAUAAUUGCAAAUGAUGAAUAAUUGUUUUUCCGUCGUUAAAAAAGAAAAGCUAAUCUCUCCUAAAAAAAAGACGAGGAGAGCCCGAGAUUAGUUUGGAAAUUCAGAGCUUAAGUCCAUAUAAAAUAUAUAAUAACCGAAUAUCUAAUUUAAAAAUAAAUUCUAAAAAAGAACUUAAUUUUUAUUUCUACAGAAAGCAGAAUAUUUUUCAAUUCUGAAUUAUACUCAAAAAAACGACUUGAAUUUUUUGACAAUUAUUUUACACUAACUUGUUUUUAUUUUCUAACCGAAUUCUCAAAUCUAAAAACAACGAGCCUAAUUGUUAAAAAUUCCUUUUUCUACUAUAUUGGAAAGUAUCAACUAAAAAACAAUAUUACGCAAGAAUAUUGACAAUUAAAUGAGUCAAUUCUAAUUUGGUGCUCUAUCAUAUUGUAUCAAUUGUUUCCAAACAUAAAUAUCAUUUUCGUCAAUUAUAAAAAAAAGAGAAAAAAAAAUGUAGCCAAUAAAUUUAUAUCAGCGGAACAAGAUUAGAAUUUCCAUCAUUUAUUGCUCAAUGGAAAAACAAUAAUAAAAAAUGUAGCUCAAUUAAUAAAAUUUUUGAAUUGCGUUUUGUAUCGAGACAAUCUUUCUCGUGGCGUUACCUGACGGCAAUAACAGAUAAGAUUAUUAUAGAAGAUAUCGGACUCUAUAGGUAACCGUAUAAAUAAUGUUUGAAGAGUGGCCUCACAAUUUCUAAAACUAUGUAAGAAACAACACUAUAUUUACUUUUCUUGUUAUCAUUUUUAAAUUAUACUUUUUACUCCAAUUUUUUCCAAGCAUUUUUAAUAGAAAUUUUAAUAGAAAUUAAAAUAAGUCACCUUUCUGUUACAAUAAAUUACAUUUCAUUAAUUAGUCAAUUAACACGAUUCACAAGUUCCAAACGUUUAUAUGAACGGAAUUUUUUUUACUACAAAUAUCAAAAAAAUCCAAGACUUUCUUAUUUUUGAUGAGAAUGUAAAAAUUACCGACUUAAAAAAAUAAGAAUUCAAAAAGCAAAAACAAAAUUAUUAUUUAGAAUCUUUAUAAUUUUUUUAACGCGUUAUUAUUGCAAUAAAAUUUAGAUUCAAAGAACAAAUAAAUUUCCUUCAUUUGAACGUUCAGAAUUUCAGGAAAAUAAUGAACUAAUUUUCAGACUAAUUAAUUAUGUGUUAUUGUUUAAUUUAAUUGUUAAUUCAAAAUAAUUAUGAUUUCUGAACGUUUUUUUUAUCAAAUAGUAAAAAUAGUUUAUGAAUAUUUUUCGCAAAAAAAAAGAAUCACAAAUAAAUGAACAAAAUACGAACUAUAUUUUCUUAAUUUAAGUAGAUAUUUUUUUAUUCAAACUUUUCUUUUCGAAAGUAGUAAUUUACACGUCUCUGACUAUAUAUAUUUUUGUAGUAAAUCUAGUCUUCAGCCUUAUUAUAAAAAAGGUGUCAAUAAAUAAAUUAAAAAAUAAUAAAUAAUAAAUAAUUAAAUAAAAGAGUAAAAAAGAAAUAAAAAAAUAGAAAAUAACGAUAAGAAAAGAAUUAGAGAAAUGUACAAAUUUUUUUUACUUUUGAGCGAACAAAGUUCAAAAUGUUAACAUAUUGUUGAUUUUUACCCGUCGAUUUUAACGGCAAGACUUUAUACAUCCUUAAUCUCUCUAAACCUUGACCUAAUUUGUCAAAAUAAUAAAAUUGUUCAACAAAUAAAAUGGAAAAAAGCCAAACAGAACAAUAAAUUUAUCAACUAAUACCCAAUUUACACAAAUUUCGAAACAAUCAAUUUUUUCAAUUUUUAUAAUUUAAAAUCAAAAAAUUACUUUUCAGAAAAUUUUCAUAAUUUCAGGAAAAAAUUAAAAAUUUUUAGUCAAACCUCCGAAUAUGUUUUUGGCACAACCUUCCAUUUUUAAUAUAUAUAAUUAAACAUAUAUAUCUUAUAUUGAAUAUAAAUAAUAAAAAUAAAAAAAAAUGAAUAGUGCAAUGAACUAUUUAAACACGUCAUGGCAAUACGUAUAUAAUCAAUGUUUGCGGAAGAAAUAAGACAAACAUAAAACAAACUGUGAUUAAUUUGUAAACGACGUACGAUCUAUAUUGAAAAAUGUAAGACGUGAAUUAAAAGACCUAAAAAGUUAAAUCAUUUUCCGAUUCUUCGAUUCUAUAAAUAUAUCUAUAAAAAUAUAUAUACAAUUAAUGUUGUUAUAAAAAUUCACGUUUUGCAAUUUUUUUUACCUGAUCGUAUUUAAAUGUUAUGAAAAAAUAAAAAAAAAACCAAAGUUGCAUUGUCUGUUAUCGUAGUAUUUUUAAACUGUUGGCUAAAAGCAUCGUAAUAAUAAAUAAUAAUAAUAUAAUUAUUCUAAUAACAAUAAUCGAGGAUAGAAAAUUCAAAUGAAAAAAACAAAAAAAUUAUACGCUCUUAACUGGACAAAAUUUUGUCAUAAUCAUGUAAACUCACAUGUAUUUAAUGUAAUCUUUGCAUGCUGAUUGUUGUGACAUAUCAAUAAACA